UAUAACGCAAAAUCACCUUCAAAAUGGAACAGUUAAAGUUCCUUUUCUAUUUUAUUUGGAUUGCUACCUGUGCAGCAGAGUGUCCGGAAUCUGAUGCAAAUUUACUGAAAUGGAGCGAUCAUGCUGGAACGUGGAGCGGCUCGCCUCCAGCUGAAAAUGACAACUUGACAAUCACACAACCAAUAUUACUAGACGAACAGCCACCAACGUUAUACUCAAUAAUCAUUACAGCUACUGGUAAAUUAGUUUGGGACCCAAACACUGAGGUCCACUUGAAGGUACAUUGGGUCCAAGUUGACGGAGAACUACACAUUGGGUCAGAGGAUUGUCCAUUUCUGUCAAACACUCACAUCACCUUUCUAGGAAAUGUUGAAGAAAACAAUCUUGGUGCCGGCGGAGAUAAAGCAUUGUUUGUUACUGCUGGUGGAACACUCGAAAUUCACGGAAAACCAAAACUUUCCUGGACAAAAUUUGCGCAGACAGCUCCAAAAUUCAACACCGAGACAGAAGUUAUUGCUAGCCAAAUAGAAGAUACUAAUGAAAGAGGACUAGCUGUUUACAGUAUUAACCCAACUACCGGAGAACUAGUUGACUCGGCUGUCUUCAACUUUUUGACCCAGCGUAGAAAAUAUCCAGAACUUAUAAUUUCAUUUGUAAACUUCUUAGAUGGUAUUCCCGAUGGCAACAUAGUUGGUAUUGCAAUACACAAAGACCUACCUCGGAGAGGUGACAUCACUGGAGCACUUGAAGCAAUCGAGAUUUUAGCUGGACAAACAGAUGGAACAAAUCCGCUCAGGGACGACACUGAGGUUGCAAUGUAUGCUCUUCUUACAACAAAAGGUUCAACUUCCAUGACGAAAGAGGUGUACCUACCGUUGAAGUCAGAAGGCAAAACGAUUGCCGAAGCUUCAAUGGUUGUUGCAGAAUUCAUCGUCAUUGUGACUAGUACAUUUGAUAUGAAAAGGAAAAGAUUGUCUAAAGCUGAAGUCUUGGUAGCAGUUGAUUUGAAGUACAGACCCAUUUUGACUUUUAUAGAAGAUGUCAGCACAUGGGAAACAGGCGAUACUGUCGUAAUUGCAUCUACCGACUAUGACUGGAGGCAAGCAGAAGACAAAACUCUCAUUGAUUGCCCGUCCUGUAGUGAUAAACAAAUACGGGUGUCAAGUCCAUUGAAGUUCACUCACUAUGGAGAAAUCUACAAAAAUGUUGAUAUGAGAGGCGAAGUCGGACUACUAACCAGAAACAUUUUGUUCGACACUGAAGAUGCAGAAGGAUCGACUACAUAUGGUGGAAAUCUUAAGGUACUGAAAGGAUUCAAAAGUGUUCAUAUUGAAAAUGCAGAAUUUAAUGAUCUUGGUCAACAAGAAGUGUUAGGCAGAUACCCAAUUCAUUUCCAUAUGUGUGAAGAUGUUGAUGCUGAUGAUGCUACUCGGCCAUGGAUCAAACACAAUUCUAUACAUCAUUCCAACAGCAGAUGUGUUACUAUACACGGAACACAUGGUCUUAUUGUUGAAGAUAAUGUAUGUUACAUGACAAAGGGUCACGGUUAUUUCUUGGAAGAUGGUGGCGAAAAGAGAACGGUAUUGAAUGGAAACUUAGGACUCGGACAGGAAAAAGGAACACUUAUUAAAGCCGAUAAAUCACCAUCUACCUUCUGGAUUACGAAUCCUCUUAGUAACGUCACAAACAACGUAGCAGCAGGGGGAGAGGGACGAGGAUAUUGGUUUACAUAUCCACGAAUUCCAACGGGACCCUCAGCUGAUAAAGGAUACAUGUUAAAAGACGAAGCAAGACACACAGUUAUUACUGAAUUUGACAACAAUGUUGCCCAUUCAAAUAGACAGCAUGGAUUUUUCCUUGACAACGAAUUUCAACCCGACGGAAGUGCUUCAGGAUAUAACAGAUAUAGACCUAAGGAAGAUCCCAUAAUGCACCUGAAAUAUAAAAAUUCUACUGAUAAACCAUCGAUUAUAAACAGAAUGACAGGCUACAAAAACAGUCCCAGAAACGCAUGGAUUAGAGGAGGAAUGAUCAAAGUAGUCCAGGCAUCGUUAUCAGACAGCGCCGAGUUACUUAAUAUAGUAAAAGAGAAUACCGCCGUGCAGUUCAUUGACCAAAGUGUAUUUAUAGGAGAUUCUCCUAAUCUAGGAGAGCCAGCAACAAUUAACGACCAACCUGUAUCAAUUGGAAGAUCUUUCCCAAUGCUUUCUAAAAAUAUGAUGAACAGUUUCAAUCAAAAAAAUGGAAUCGUCUUGAGAAGAGGGCCUAUUUAUGUGACAGAUGUGUUCUUUGAUAAUUUUGCUGAUAACGAAUAUUACCAAAUGGGAGCCAUUGGUUGGGAUAAACAGCUUAAACAAUCACCUUUCCACAGCUUUACUAAUGCACAAUUUGGUUUUUCUGAUCCUACCGAAGGAAACCGAGUUAGAGAUAUUCUUCAGGAUGAAACGGAGCGAACUGGUGACGAUAUCCGAACUUUCAGAGAUAUGGAUAACUCGGUAACGGACCUAUCAGCUGACUCGGUCGUUACAGUUCUAAGUCCUGAAGCCUUCCAUAUGACAGAAGAUUGUAAGAUAAGGUCAAACUGGAACUUUGGAUACUGUGAACAUGCUUUUGGUAAAUUAAAAAUACAGUACUCCUCAGAAAACGUUUUAACGAUGACAAGGGACGAUAAUUACGAGACUGCUCGAGUAGAUGCGGAUUUACCAGAAGAUGCCAGCUUUCUUGUCAUUACAGGAGACAGUUACAGUUAUUCUAUGUUUUUCGAAGAAGAAGUUCCAGAAAAUAUUAAUAUACAAAUGAUAGGAUUGUCAAAAUCACAAGGUGUACGACUAGGAGUGUGUAUCCCAUCUGAUGCCACUUUUAAAGUUCGCGGAGGAAGGGUGAAAUGGGCAGCCGUAGAUUCAUUAAGCGACGUUGUUGCUAUUGGAGACUAUUUUUACGAUUCCGAUACAGGGUACCUUGCCUUAUUUCUGGCUGACCUGAACGAUUUUGAGCCUGGGGAAAUGGGUCAGUGUGUUGGAGAGGGUGAAAUGUGUAAAAGAGUAAUGAUAAAAAUUGAAAGCGGCGAUUUAACCGAGUCUGACUGUUUAAGUGCUGUUCAUGAAAAAUUUAGCCUUUCAUCAGAUUCUGGUGUGCAUGUUCAGUCCGAUUUCCGAAGAAAACUAACAACACUACUCGAACUACUUAGUGAAAGACGUAGCCACGGAAACAGACAAAAACGAUCUGUUGACACUGCCGGAGCGAUAGAUACCAGAGAACUUCCUGCCACUGCUAAUGAACCACCUGCGAACUGGGGAGCAGGUUCAACAAGAGGAUAAGAAAAACUGGGUGUCAAAUUCUAAAUUCUAAAUGAACAAAACCAUGUUAAACAUAUCUGUUUCGUUGUACCAAUAAACUGUGUCUAU